AUGGAAUUCUUUUUUUCUUCUUGUGCAGGGGUGGAUGUGACGGCAAAUCAGGACGAGGCAUCGGACCACGAGACAUUCCAGCUGGAGUUCGAUACUUGCACUCGUCGCUGGUACAUCAGAACCAUGAAGGACAAGUACUGGACCCUGGAGACUGCUUGCGGCAUCCAGGCCAUCUCCGACAAAAGGUCUUCGAACGCACUGUUCGAGCUGACGUGGUUGGAGUGUGGGUCCGUGGCAUUCCGGGCCAAUAAUGGCAAGUACGUGACGAUCAAGAAGUCCGGGCACCUGUUCGCCAACUGCGAGAGUAUCGAGGACAAUGCCAAGUUCUUCUUCGAGCUCGUGAACAGGCCGGUGUUGGUGCUGAAGUGCGAGCAGGGAUUCGUGGGGUCCAAGAGCGGGUCGUCGACCGCAUUGGAGUGCAACAAGGCGUCGUAUGACGUGAUUCACGUGGAGAAGGGGACGAACGGGGUCGUCUUCUUCAAAGGUUCGAAUGGGAAGUACUGGAAGAUUAGUUCAUCCGGAAUGAGCUGCGAUGGCGAAUCACCAGAGGGAUUCUAUCUCCAACUGGUGGAACCAUCACGCCUCUGCAUCAAGAACAUGGAAGGAUCGUAUCUCGUGGCCGAGAAGAAUGGGGUCUUCCGAUUUGGGAGUAGCGACUUCGAACAGGCCACCCAAUGGGAGUACUGAAAAUCUCUGGAAAUCAUCUGCUGGAGAAAAUCUGGGCGAAAUUCUCUGCGGCGGAGGGAAAUUUCUGCUCACAUUUAUCACCUCUGCCUCUUGCUUUUUCGUGGCAAACCCUUUGCAGCUCGUUUUUUUUCGAGAGAAAAAAAAUUGAAUUGCAUCGUCGAGUCCAUGGCAUGUGGUGAUGAUUUCGAAUGGAUCAAAACUCGCGUGGUUUCAUUUUCUUUUUUAUCAUCUUACUUUUUUUGAGUCGCUUUUUGUGGGCUGCGGUCUGAUUGGGGGGUCAAGAAUGUUCUCGGGGGGAAGUGGCAAUAUGAGUUCGUAGAAGCACGUGAUAUGUACACAUUCUGUCUCAUCGGAUGAGUGUGAGAACUAUUCAGUCAUUGUGAACAUAUGAAUGAUUGUUGUACAGUUGCAAAGGGAGACUGGGAGAGGUGUGAGUACAUCAUGCGCGUGUCGCUGUACAGGAAGAGUCAAAGUAGAGUUUUAUUUAUUUAAGAAUGAGUUGAAUGUGAGAAAGUGCUUCUUAUAAAUUUUUUUAUGAAUGUAUUUGUACUCUUUUUUAAAUUUUGAUGCUUUCUUCGCUGCUCGUAUAUGGCC